UCGACGAAGAGCCAGCGCUGUCAAAGUGACAGAAAAGGGACGAUACGGCUAUUUCCAACUAGUUCAGGAAGAAAAGUUCAGGGUGAAAUAUUUGAUACAACGAGCCGGAUUUUCCUUUCCACUUGGGACAAGUGGUACACUGACUUAGAACGUAACGAACGCUUAGGAAUAAAAAUGUCCCCCAAACUGUGUAGCGGUACCUGGUUGCUGCUGUUGGCAACGAUUUGUAAUUUCUGCAUACUGGUACUCACCGAACUGCCCCGUCCUCGAGGUGUUUCUAUACCGCAGGCUAGCUUAUAUGAGGAUCGUGCUGGAAGUGGUCAGUUCGUUUGUCUUGAUGGAAAAAAGGUGAUACACCGAGAACGCAUCAACGAUGAUUAUUGCGAUUGUGACGACGGUAGCGAUGAACCGGGGACGGCCGCAUGCCCAGGCGGGUCUUUUCAUUGCACUAAUGCCGGCUACAAACCACUGAGUAUCCCAAGCUCGAGGGUAAACGAUGGUAUCUGUGAUUGCUGCGAUGCAUCCGAUGAGUAUGCUUCACAGGCCAACUGUGUUAACACGUGCAGCGAGCUCGGGAAAGAGGAUCGAAUGCGUGAGAAACAGCGUAGCGAGAUGCUGAAGACGGGUAACCAGCUUCGGCUUGAGAUGAGCCAACGAGGGAAAGCUUUGAAGGAUGAACAGCGUACCCGGCUUGCUGAUCUCGACAAAAACCGUGCCGAGGCUGAAGCACUGAAGCAGGAAAAGGCAACACUUAAAGGUGAAGCGGAAGAGUUGGAAAAUGCGGCUCUCAAGAUGUAUCGUGACCGCGAGGAAGAAGCUAAAAAACUGAAAGAAGAAACGGAAGCAGUGAACAAUCGAGAUGAAGCCGAAGAAACGUUCCGAAAGUACGAUUCUAACCAGAAUCAAAUGCUCGAGCUUGUCGAACUGCAAACGCGAAUCGUAUUCGAUCGCAAUCGGGACGGUGCGGUAACGGAAGAUGAGGCACGCUUCUUCCUAGAUGAACGGGAUCAGGUGGAUUUUGAAACUUUCGUAACGCUAUGCUGGCCGCGCAUCAAACCGUUUCUUAUGAUGGAUUCCGGACUAUUUAAACCACCGAGCGAAGAGCAUGGCGAGGAGGAGGUGCUUGAAGAAACUGAAGAAGCGGAGCUACAGAACUCCGAAGCAUACGAUCUGGAGGGAAGCGAACCCAGCGACCCAACGGUGAAAGAUAACUCGUACGGGGAUGAGGAAUAUCAACCACACAACGCGGAUGAGGAGGACGAUGAAACGCUCGAUGAGCACGAAGAAGAUGAAGGGGAGGAUGUGGGUGAGGGAGAGAUUGAAGCGGCACGGGGUGCUGAAAAACCACCCAUCGAGUAUGAUCCCGUCACGCAGGAUUUGAUCAACAAGGCAAAUGAAGCACGUAAUCAGUACACGGAAGCUGAUCGUCACGUGCGUGAAAUGGAACAGGAAAUUCGCAGCAUAAAAGAACUGUUGGACAAAGAUUACGGUAAGGAGGAAGAAUUUGCCGCCCUGAAUGGGGAGUGUUUCAACUUUGAGGAUAGGGAAUACGUGUACAAACUGUGUCCGUUUGACAAGGCAAGCCAACAGCCACGUAAUGGUGGGGCUGAGACGAGAUUGGGAACCUGGGACCGAUGGAACGGACCGGGAGAUUACAGCGCAAUGAUUUACUCGAACGGAGCACCUUGCUGGAACGGUCCUCAACGAUCCACCUUGGUUCAUCUAGAGUGUGGACUCGAUACCAGAGUUCUAUCCGUCGCGGAGCCGAACAGGUGCGAAUACGAGUAUCGUAUGCAAACGCCAGCCGCUUGUUUCUAUCUAGACGAUCAAUCGAACGGUCCCAAAGAAACGCACGAUGAGCUGUAGUUUUAAAGCGCCGGAAAGCGAUCUGAGGCAUCUACAAUACGGACGGAAGAGCUUCGAAGGCAAUGAGGUUCGUUGCUUAUCAUUCGUCAAUUUAUGGAUGUGCUGGAUGAUGUUUCCGUAGCAUUGCCGACGAUCGUCCUAAUCGAAUCAACAUUCCCUCGCUCGUGUGUGGCGAGAGAAAAUUAUCAAUAUUUUUGUUAGGAACGGAGUUAGAUGCGAAAAUGACUGACAACACGUGUACUUCGCGUGACGGUAACAUUGAUUCUUCACAUAGCGGUACAUUCGAUGGUCAUUUCUUUUUUUUUUCAUCGUAGAACAUCGUUUCCUAGAAGGAAGAAGAUGAUUCACCUUUAGGAGAAUAGUAGUUUAUGGUACGAUCGUCAAAUUGCAGCCAUUCCAAUGCUCAGGUCAACGAAUGAUAAAUGGAUGAGACAUAGACAGAAAGAAAGAGAGAAAAGUGAGACAUGUACCAUUCAGCUAAUGGGAACCGAAAGAAUUCUAUACCAUUGGUGUUUCUUGUGAUUGUCGUUCGGUUCGGAGCCACCAUGUGUGAGUUAAAUUUCAUUUAUUGGUAUACAAAAUGAUCAAAAAUAUCUUCAUUGUAAAAGACACCGUUCGGGAAGGGUGUGCGAAGGGAAGUAAGAAAACACGUGUGUUUUAUGAAACGAAUAGAUGAAUAAUAAAAAACAAAAUUAUCUACA